AUGGAUAUCGCCACCACUUCACGCGCCUACUUCGCCAUGCCUUCUCCCACUCCUGAGGAGAAGAUCUCCCUCCAGGCCAGCAACACAGUCUACACAUACCACUGCCUGUGCAAUCAUCUGCUACUCGCAACCACCACACCACUGCCCUCCUUACCCAAACGCCAACACACGCGCGAUGCCGCACACAUCAUGCCGCUGCCUCCAGCGCCCACUUCCGGUCGCAACAAGAACGCGGCUUCGCAAGACCACUACGGCCUCCUCCUGUCCACCCGACAAGAUCGCCAAGCUGAAAUCAUAACCAGCGACGAGGGCUUCGAGAAGCGUUAUCUGCAGCGCUGCGGACGGUGCAAUCUGGUUGUGGGCUACCAGCUAGACUGGCAACAGUUCUCCGUUGAUCGGUCCGGCAGGCGCGAAGACUACGUCUUCCUUCUCCCGGGUGGCUUCGUCAAGACGAGCGACAUGAUCAUGGGGAAGACGGCUACCGCACCCGCAUCUGCAUCCGCAGUGGGCGGCGCAGGGAUGGGCACUGUCAAUGUCACUCAGGUCAAGGCAUAG